AUGGCCACCUCAGACUUCAAGCCCUCGCCUUUUCUGGAGGCUGGAGCUGCCGCUACCAUCGGAUCAUUGGCCAUCCUACAUCUCAAACGCGAUCAGCUCAUUCCUGUUGUCCUCAAAUCAACCGCCGACGAUGGCUACGCAGAGGGCGCUGUUACCAAUACUCGAUUCGGCUCAUUCCCGCACUCGACCUUGAAAGACAUUCCAUGGGGUACACAAGUUCGCGCCUCAAAGGUCGACACUGGUUCAAGAGGUCGCGGUGGUGCUAAGCGCAAGAUCGACGACACGGAACCCAAGGAGGCUAUUCAGGCUGGCACAGGCUUUGUACAUUUGCUACCACCCACUCCUGAAAGCUGGACCAUCAGUCUGCCCCAUCGUACUCAGGUCGUCUACACUCCCGAUGCCAGCUACAUCCUGCAAAGACUUCAAGUCCGUCCUGGUCAAACCAUCAUCGAGGCUGGCGCUGGAUCAGGCUCAUUCACACACGCCUCAGCACGCGCUGUCUUCAACGGCUAUCCUUCGCAAUCCUCGUCAGAGCCUUCGCUUAAGAAGCGCCGUUAUGGCCGUGUCUGCAGUUUCGAAUAUCACGAACCUCGUGCCAUUGGUCUGCAGGACGAAGUUCGUGCUCAUGGCCUCGAUGACCUUGUCCGCGUGACACAUCGCGAUGUCUACACCGAUGGCUUCCUCCUCGACGAACGAGACCCCAAGGACAAGUCUCCCAAAGCCGACGCCAUUUUCCUUGACCUCCCUGCUCCUUGGAUGGCCCUCAAGAACCUGACCCGUCAACGCCUACCAGCGCGCACCGCUAGAAUUGUCGCCAACUCUGCUUCUUCCGACUCUGCCGAUAUCUCCGCUCCUUCAGAAACAGAAACACCAACAGAAGAAUCUACCGAACCUUUCAUCUCUCCUCUCAAUCCCAACGUCCCUGUACAUCUCUGCACUUUCAGCCCUUGUAUCGAGCAGGUCACCGCCACAAUAGCCGCCCUCCGUCGCCUUGGCUGGACAGAGAUACAGAUGGUCGAAGUCAUGCAAAAACGCAUUGAUGUACGACGAGAACGUGUGGGUCUACACGAAGAAGGUCUGCGCGGCGUGAAUGCUUCAGCCGCAACUGUAGACGAAGCCGUGAACCGCUUGCGUGAAGUUGAAGGCCGAUUUAAGGAAUGGCACGAAGCUGUCAAGGAAGCGGAUGUAGUGGCUGAAGCGAACGGACAACCUAAGCCCCGUCCUAGUAACAAGGAUCACCCGACUAGUCAUUUCGAGAGCAAGCAAGCAAGGCUCGAACGUAUCAAGAAAGAGGCCGAGGAGAGAAAAACAUACAAAGAGGGAAGACUGGUGCACAGAACCGAGCCUGAAAUCAAGACGCAUACAAGUUAUUUGGUCUUUGCAGUCCUACCACGGGAAUGGAACGAGGAGCAAGAGGAGAGGCUGAGGAAGAAAUGGGGUACGGAAGGCCAGGUCUCGACUGAGGAUAUCAGUAAGAAGGGAAACAAGAAGAGCAAGAAGACGUAG